AUGCACUAUCGAGAUAGUGGCCGGGGCCGCGGAAUCCGCCAGCCUGUCAAAGAGGCCGCAUGGAGCUUAGAGUUUUCCUUGCACGACCCCGCCUUUCCACUCGCGGACCGUGGACGCGCUUCAGAAAGGAAUAUGUCCAAGCAGUCGGGCUCCCUGGACGCAACUCGCGUCCGCGGCAUGCCGAAACACCGUGCCCAUAGCGUUGAGUUUGAAUGUGCAGCGGUCAGAUGCCGAGCUGAAGUUGUGCGCACAGGCACAGGCACAGCCGCACAGUCAGCUGUAAAGUCGGCCUUCGGACGCGGGCACGGAGACGGUGACGGUGACGGUGACGCGGAGCGGUGGGAAAGUCAAAAUUUAUUGGGAGUGGAGUGUGAAGUUGUGAACAUUAUUGCAUGUGCCUGCUCGACUACUGGCAACUCGGAUGUGGAAGCGUUUUACAUCCGCCUUCCGAGCAGCACUUCAAUACGCGAGAAGCAGUUCCUGGAUAUGUGGAAAGACUAUACAUACAGUAUGACAGGUAGCAUUCGCAUCAUAGGCGCUCACAGGAAGCAUAGCAACCACACGAUGGCAGGCAGACGGAGAAUAGCAUCUGCACAGCGUAUGAGACAUCGAAGAACCAUGUUUACACAAGAAAGUCUGCUGCGAGUAUUCACUGCGAAAGACGAGUCAACGCUGCGAUGGAUUUCAGGGUUGAACUCUGCUGACUUGAUUUCCCAUUCUCACUAG